AUGGAUUUGAUGCCAAUUCCUGUUCAAGAAAAAGCCAAUGUUGAUGGGGAAAAGAAGGCAAAGAUGGUGAAGUCUAUGCAUGAGCAAAUUAGAAAGCUUGUUGAGGCCAAAAAUGAACAAUAUAGCAAAAUCGUUAACAAUAAGAGGAAGCAAGUGCGGUUUGAACUAGGUGAUCUAGUGUGGCUUCACUUGAGGAAAGAGAGAUUUCCAAAUCAGAGGAAGUCCAAGCUAUUGCCAGGAGCUGAUGGUCCAUUCCAUGUGGUAGCAAGGAUCAAUGACAAUGUCCAUAAGGUGGAUUUGCUCGGUGAGUAUAAUGUUUCUUCUACUUUCAAUGUGAGGGAUCUUUCUCCUUACUUAGAAGAUGAUUUUGAGGAUGGGGAAGAAUUGGAUUUGAGGGCAAAUUCAAAUCAACAUAGGAGAGAUGAUGUGCCACAUGAUGACAUGACAUACGAGGGUCGAUUGACUGAGUCCAAAAGCAAGCUCAUUACUUUGCUUGCUUGUAUUUAG